AUGCAACCAACAGAAACGCAAAUUGCCCAAUGUACCAUUACUUCUGGAGAUGUAAAAGCAUCUGCCCAAGCAAGUCUCACGACAAAAUUGGAUGGAAUUUGUGAAUCAAACAGCCUCUAUACAGCCUUUACGUAUUUGGAGUCAAAGUUAAUGCAGGAGAUCUACAAUAUUCGUUUAGUUUUGAGUCAAAUUCAAAAUCCACACUACAAUCUAAUGCAACAUAAUCAAUUUCUUCAUCCCCCCGUCAACAUGGCACCUACACUAUAUCACAACAUCCAAAAAAUUGUCGAUCAAUCGCGCGAACAAACAUCCAAUGAAGUAACAAUUGCUCCAUCUACUACAUCAUCAACCACUACCUCAUCUACACCUCCUGAAAGUCUAAAUGAGAUUCCCGAAUUAACAACCAAACAGAGUAUCUUCUUCACAACACCUUCAGUUAUCCCAGCCACGGGGAAACCACUCUUACUCAAAUCACUGCCAUCGAAGUUUUCCAGUGCUCGUGAAUCUGAAAUCUACAAGUUCAACAAUACAAUUCUAUCAGGACAGGAGACACAGAUCUUCACCUACUACUGGCGUAUUGAUCACUACAAGGAAAAACUGAAGAAGAACAUAACUCAUGUGGAAAGUCCAACGUUCGUUAUUUCGGGACAAAGUUUGCACAUUAAGGCUGAAUUAAAUCACCUAAAACGCGACUAUUUGUACCUCCAAUUGGAACAAUCACCAAACAAUGCGGAAGGGAAUAGUUCAAUUAUCCUCGAAACUGGGAAUUUAUUCAAGGAGAUCGAGGCAAAGAAAUUUUUCCGGCAUAAAAUUGUCAUUUUGGAUAAUACAAGCGCCAAGAGUGAUCUUAUUUCGCAAGAAUUCUUGGAUAUUAAUAGUGGAUUUCCAAUUCCCAAUAGUGCCAUCUUGUCUAGUCCAUACUGCCGUAAUGAUGUUGUCCUAAUCAAAAUCCUAAUUUACCUGUAAGAUUGUCCAGGUUAAAGUAACUUCACGUGUGUACUUACUAUUAAUUAAUUUUUUUUUAAUUUACCACGUAGAAUAUUUUUGUGUCAUCAUGAAAUAUGUUUUGCGAAUUUAUUUUCAUGAUUUUAUGAAGAUUUAAAUAAAUAAAA